AAUCAAAGUGCGAGAGUGCAAUCAUGCUGGCCAUUUGGGACUCCAUGAUAAUUUAUAAAACCUCACCUCGCAAUUUCUAGAAUGCUUCUCUAAGAAUUAUAAAUAACACAAACCAUUCUGAUCCAAAUGUAGCGUGAAGUAACAAAAAGCAUCUUCUCGGUUUAAUUCCUCAGCAACCAACCACUCUCAGUUCCUAACCUUCCAGUAUUUUAUAGCCCUCUCUUUACCUCGUUUCAAAGCAACGAAGUAACCAAGCAAAGAAAAACAUCAAACAUGUCGCUGAUCCCACACUUCUUUGGUAACCGACGAAGCAACAACGUUGAUCCCUUUGCUCUUGAUGUUUGGGACCCAUUCAAGGACUUUCCUUUCCCUUCUUCACUUUCAACUUAUUUCCCUGAGUUUUCUCGGGAAACCUCAGCUUUUGUGAACACCAGGAUCGACUGGAAGGAGACCCCAGAAGCUCAUGUGUUCAAGGCUGAUCUUCCUGGGCUCAACAAAGAGGAAGUGAAGGUUGAAGUUGAAGAAGACAGAGUGCUCCAGAUAAGUGGAGAGAGGGGCGUUGAGAAGGAAGACAAGAAUGAUGCUUGGCAUAGAGUGGAGCGUAGCAGUGGCAAGUUCUUGAGGAGGUUUAGGCUUCCUGAGAAUGCUAAGAUGGAUCAGAUUAAGGCUGCAAUGGAGAAUGGGGUUCUCACUGUGACUGUUCCUAAGGUGGAGGAGAAGAAGCCUGAUGUCAGGGCCAUUGAAAUUUCAGGUUGAACUCUGUGAAAUCAUUUUGGGUCAUCUCUCACCAUGCGACAUGAAGAAUAUAUAUAUAUAUAGUUGCAGUGUAAUCUAGCUAAUAAGGGUCUGAUUUUGUAUCCUUGUUAAUUCUGUAUUUUGGGUUUGUGGUUUAGUUAGACGUACUGGGUCAAUGGGUCAUUAUAUGUGGAUGUUGAUGAUUUGAGUGUUUGAUGCAAUCUACAUAGUGUGGAAGCACUAAUGAAAGUGAAUGUAAUUAACGUUGUUAUAAUAAAAAUAUUAAUUUCGCAUUAAGAAA